AUUUCAUUCCUUUCGACCCAAAAAAAAAACCCCUCUCAGUUACUAAUACUACUCUCUGAGAGAGCACAGCUCGUGAAUUGCUUGCUCUGCCUUAGGAGCUGGUCGAUGAUGAUGAAAAUUAUGGCGAAAAGAGCUCCAGGGCUCACGCUUCUCCAAAAGGGUAAUCCUUCUUCUCUCUAUUCUCUGUUUGGGCUCGUCUUUUUCAGAAGCCAGUGUUGCUCUUUUGCUGUCAAUCGUUGUCAUACUGUUAGUGUUAAUGAAACCAUUGAUUUGGAGGAUUUGGUAAAAACGCGUUGUAAAUCUGGUAAUCUUGGGUUAGAUGAAGCACUGGGUCACUUCGAUUCCGUAAUUCAAAUGAAACCCAUUCCCUCGAUUUGGGCUAUUAAUCAUUUGCUUGGGGCAGUAUCCAAGAUGAAUCAGUGUUCCAUUGUAGUUUCUAUGUAUAAACAGAUGCUGGCUUGUGUUGGCUUACACCCGGUAGUCAGUGCACUGAAUGUUGUUAUCAAUUGCUUGUGCCGUAUGAAUCGGGUGGACUUGGGUUUCUCUGUUUUAGCAACUAUCCUUAAACAUGGUCUUCAGCCCGAUGCUUAUACUUUGAAUGCUUUGCUUCAUGGGAUUUGCAAGUACAGGUCGCUCUCUGAGGCAAUGGAGUUGUUCCAGAAAAUAGAAGAGAAAGGAUUAGCAUGCGAUGAAAUCACUUACGCUACUAUAAUUAAUGGGUUGUGCAGAGCUGGGAAAACAUGUAUGGCGCUUGAGAUACUCGAGCAAAUGUAUGAAGAUGGAAGGUUUAAGCCUGUCCCUCAAUGCUAUAAUCCAAUCAUUGGCCGCUUAUGCAAAGAAAGAAGAAUAGACGAGGCGCUGACCCUAUUUCGAGAUAUGAUCAACAAAAGUGUUGCGCCAGAUAACUUCAGUUACAGUUCAUUAAUUUAUGGAUUAUGCAAAGAAAGAAGAAUAGAUGAGGCGCUGACCCUAUUUCGAGAUAUGAUCAACAAAAGUGUUGCGCCAGAUAACGUCAGUUACAAUUCAUUAAUUUAUGGAUUAUGCAACAUGGGUCUUUGGACACGAGCACUUGCUCUGUUUGAAAAAAUGAAAAACAAAGGCAUAAGGCCUGAUGUUUUCACAUUCAAUUCCUUAAUUUGUGCUGCAUGCAAGUCAGGUAAGUGGGAAGAAGCUGUGCUGCUAUUUAGAAACAUGAUUGAUUGUGGAGCCUUCCCUGAUAUUGUUACAUUCACUUCUGUGUUGGAUGCUUUGUGCAAGGAAGGGAAGACAGCAGAGGCACUUAAUCUUAUGGAAGAAAUGUUCCUUAGAGGUGUAAAGCCUAAUGUCGUCACCUACAGCUCCUUAAUUAAUAGCCUCUGCCAUUCCGCGCAAUGGAAAGAAGCCACAAGGUUGUUUAAUAGAAUGUUGGAUGAAGGAAUUGCACCAGAUGUUGUAACCUUUAACACUGUAAUACAUGCUCUUUGCAAGGAGAGACGGACCAAGGAAGCGCUCUCCGUGUUGGAGCUAAUGUCCCAAAGAGGUAUGAGGCUUGACAUUUUCACUUACAAUUCUCUAAUUUAUGGCAUGUGCCGUACAGAUCAAUGGGCUGAAGCCACAAGGUUGUUUGAUGAAAUGAUAGUUCAGGCAGUCUUACCUGAUAUCAUAACUUUGUUAACACUUUUGGAUGCUCUCUUCCAAGGAGGGAUGCCAGAAGAGGCUCAUAAAGUAGUUGUGGCCAAAGUUAAAUAUGGUAUGGAGCUGAGCAAAAUAACUUGCAGUAUGCUAAUUGAUGAUUAUUGUUUUCGUGGCAAAAUGGAUAAGGCAAAGAAGGUCAUUGAUUUAAUGGUGAUAAAAGAUCAUGUCCCUGAUAUUGCUUCUUGCUAUAAAGCCUUGGUCAACGGCUAUAUGCAAGCUAAAAGGAUAGGCGAAGCUUGGAGGCUCGUUGAGGAAAUGAUCAAACAAGGGGUGAUGCCUGAUUUGGAAACCCUAAAAGCUUUGAGAGGUUUGCGUCCUAAAAGGCAUGUUGUAUCUGGAGAAUAGUUCCCCAUGAGACCGCCAGAACUAGUUACAAUUCUGUUAAAUAUUUUAAACUUGUAUGACCAUGCAAUAUUAGUGAAAUGAAGUGGUUUCAAACAAGUAUAGGAUCCUUGGUGCUGAAAAA